AUGUCUCAAUCUCUACGUCCAUAUCUAACUGCAGUGCGUUUUUCCCUCGAGGCUGCACUCACACUAUCCAAUUUCUCAUCUCAGGAAGUGGAAAGACAUAACCGUCCGGAAGUGGAAGUCCCCAACACAAAUGCAGAAUUAUUACUACAACCAAUGCAUAUCUCUCGUAACGAGCACGAACAAGUCCUCAUUGAACCAAGUGUCAAUUCCAUUCGUGUGUCUUUGAAAGUGAAACAAGCUGAUGAAAUUGAACAAAUCUUGGUUCACAUGUUUACCAGAUUCUUAGAACAACGUGCUGAAUCAUUUUACAUCUUGAGAAGAGUCCCCAUUGAAGGUUAUAGUAUCUCUUUCUUAAUUACAAAUAAACACACAGAAUCAAUGAAGACUGAUAAAUUAAUCGAUUUCAUUAUCGAAUUCAUGGAAGACGUCGAUAAGGAAAUUAGUGAAAUUAAACUGUUCUUAAACGCAAGAGCUAGAUUUACCGCUGAAGCUUAUUUGGGCGAAUUUGUAUAUUAA